AUGCAAGGGCCUGUGCCACAGCAGCUGCGUGACAGAAUGCUCACUGAUCUUCGGGCUGUUCCCAGGAUCCAAAGAAAAUCGGACAGCGAGUGCUGCUGGAAGAUCAUCAGCUCGGGGAAAGACACUCUAAACUUUUUGGCCUGCCAUCACACCGAGAUGUCCGGAGAGCAGGGGUUCCCAACCUGGGGUUCACGGUUACUGUGUGGACACAACUUCUGUCGCUCUUGUAUCACACAGUAUUGGGAAAGGGAGGAGAGAAACUCCUGCCCGGAAUGUAGAGAGGAGUUUGCUGACCGCACCCUCAGGGUGAAUCGGGCCUUAGCAAAUCUGGCUGAAAAAGCUCGAAAUCUAAACCUGAAUCGGAAAGGGAAGGAAAGUGAACGUCACUGCGAGGAACAUGAGGAAGAACUGAAGCUGUUUUGUGAAACGGACAAGACACUGAUCUGUGUGAUCUGUGCAGUGGCGGAGGAACACAGAGAGCACCGCUUCCUGCCGAUUAAAGAAGCUGUUAAAAUCUACAAGGAUCAGCUAAAAUCUUCCUUAGACUCUCUCACAAAAAAGAUAUCAGACUUCCAGGAAAAGGAGCAGCAACAGAAAGAGAAGAUUUCCGGAGUUCGGAAACAGUCACACAGCGUUCAGAACCACAUCGCAUACCAGUUUGCUGAACUGCGCCAGAUUAUCACUGAGAAAGAGCAGAGCUUACUCAGGGAUCUCAGGGAAGAAGAGAAGAGGAUUCUCAACCCAAUGGAGAAAAAUCUUCUGGCUCUUCAAGAGAAUAUAAGGAUUAUUCAGGAGGAAAUCACAAAGUUAAAGGAACAGAUAGAUCAAAAAGACAGUGUGAUGUUUCUCAAGGAGGAAGCUCAUCGAAACAGGAGUAUCAGCCACGAUGUCCAGGAAUUGUCAGUGACAGAUGAGGCCCUACCGGUUGAAAAAUUCGUUCGCUUCUAUUUGUUGAACACAGUGCUGAGUGAAACACUUGAUGCCAUUAACCGAGUCUCUGUCACCCUGGAUGUGGAAACGGCGGGUCCGUGUCUCGAGGUGUCUGAGGAUCGGAAGAGUGUGAGACGGACCCGGACCUGGAGAGAUCUCCCUGACACCAGGAAGAGAUUCACAAACCGGUCUUGUGUGCUGGGAUCGGAGGGAUUCACAUCGGGGAGACAUUACUGGGAGGUGGAGGUGACGGGGAAUCGGUUCUGGUGUCUGGGAGUCGCCGCAGAGUCUGUGGAGAGGAAGAGACGGGUCAGUCUGAGUCCGGAGACCGGAUUCUGGGUCAUCGGGCGGUUUUGUGACAUGUUACAUCGGGAUUAUGACGUGUCCGGUCUCAUCUCCCCCGAGUCCCGUCUCGCUGCCGGUCCCAUCCCCGGGAGGGUGGGAGUUUAUCUCAGUUACGAGUCCGGGACAGUUUCAUUUUACAACGCGGAGACCAAGUCCCAUCUCCACACCUUCACUGGGAAUAAAUUCACGGGGAAACUUUAUCCUUUCUUCCGGACUGGGGAUGUAAACCAGUGGCUGAGAAUCUGCUCCGGUUCCGCUCCGGGUCUGUAAACGGGUCGGGUCUCGGGACCGGCGUCAGGAGUAAAGUCCCUGUAAAUAUAAAUGUGCGGAGAGUGCAGCUAAAUACGUGGCUAAGGGGAUGGUGCAGGAGGGAGGGCUUCAUGUUUCUGGACAAUUGGGCUUUGUUCGGGCGAAGGUGGGGCCUGUUCCGACGGGACGGUUUGCCCCUGAACUGGGCGUGGGGGGGGGGGGAAUAACAUUCUUGCGGGUAGAUUUGCCAGUGCUGCUCCGGGGAAUUUAAUCUAGAUUUGCAGAGGGAGGGGAACCAGAGUGUUAGAGCAGAUAGUGAGGUGCAGGAGGAUAAGGAACAUGAGAGGACUACAUGUAUAAACGGAAAUGAAAAAAAAAAGCAGAUGGUAUACAUAUUCUCAGGUAUAUCUAUUUCAAUGCACGGAGUAUUGUCGGUAAAACAGAUGAGUUUAGGGCUUGGGUUGACACGUGGGAUAACGUCAUUACUGCUAUUAGUGAGGGGCAGAACUGGCAGCUUAAUGUUCUGGUAAAAUUGGAGAACGGCCAAUUUUGUGGAAAUGAAAAAGGAUCUAGGAAGAGUGGAUUGGGAUAAGUUUUUUUUUUCUGGCCAGGAUGUGUUCAGUAAGUUCACAGGCAUAAGAAAUUAAAUAGAGAUUGGGUUGGAAAUGUUAUAGCAACUUCAUUUCAUUCAAAAUCAAGAAGAGUUGCAAUUUCAGUUAAUAAAUCUUUACCAAUUAAAAUACAAAAUGUAAUAUUUGAUUCUGUGGGGAGAUAUGUGAUUAUACAUUGUCAAAUUUUCUCAGAAUUAUGGACUUUUAUGAACAUUUAUGCACCAAAUGAAAAUGAUGCAAAAUUCAUACAAGAAGAUUUUUUUGAACUUGGCUGACGCAAAUGAUAAAAUAUUAAUAGGCGGAGAUUUUAAUUUUUGUUUAGAUCCAGUUUUGGAAAGGCCAACUACAGUUGUUACAAAAUUAAAAGUAAUAAAACUAACUUUAUCAUUAAUGAAAGAUUUAAACCUGAUUGAUAUAUGGAGAAAAAUUAAUCCAAGAGAAAGAGAUUAUUCAUUUUAUUCAAAUAGACAUAAAACAUAUAAAACAAUAGACAUGGAGAUUUAAUACAAUUUUAUUAAAACGUCAAGAUUUUUGUGAUUUUAUGAAAAAACAACUUCAUUUUUUUUGGAUACAAAUUUACAUUCAGUUGAGGAUAAAAUUGCAUUAUAGGAAGCGAUGAAAGCACAUUUAAGGGGUCAGAUUAUAAAUUAUACAUCUAAAAUUAAGAAGGAAAAUUGAGAAAAGAUAUCAUAAAGUUAGAAAAAGAAUCUCAAGAUAUAUGAACGAAGAAAAACAAAGACAACUUGUUAAUAAAAAACUACAAUAUAAUACACUCCAGACAUAUCGUACAGAAAAAGUAAUUAUGAGAACUAAACAGAAAUAUUACGAAUUAGGUGAAAGAUCACAUAAAAUUCUUGCUUGGCAGUUGAAAACAGAACAGGCUUUUAAAACAAUAAAUGCAAUUAGAACAAGUGUAAAUAAGGUUGCUUAUAAACCUUUAGAAAUUAAUGAAACUUUAAUUUUUUUUUAAUACUGAACUAUAUCAAUCAGAAUCACAAAAUAAGAUUACUGAGAUAGAUAAAUUUUUAUCACAAAUAACCCUUCCAAAAUUUAAUUUGGAAGAACAGAAAGGAUUAGAUAUGCCCUUUACAUUAAAAGAGGUUGAAGAAGCUUUAGGAUCACUUCAGAGUAACAAAUCCCCAGAAGAAGAUGGUUUUCCUCCUGAAUUUUAUAAAAAAAUUUAAAGAUAUAUUAAUUCCUCCCUUUAUGGAAUUAAUAUACCAAGUGGAAAGAAUGCAUAAACUCCCACAAUCUUUUUUAACAGCGAUCAUAACGGUAUUGCCAAAAAAAGAGAUCCUCUAAAACCAACAUCAUAUAGGCCUAUUUCUUCGUUGAAUACAGAUUAUAAGAUAAUAGCAAAAAAUUUAUCUAAUAGAAUAUCUAAAUAUUUACCAAAAUUAAUACAUAUGGAUCAAACAGAUUUUAUUAAAAACAGACAAUCAAUGGAUAAUCUAACCUGGUUACUUAGUAUAAUUCAGCUGGCACAAAAAAGAGAGGAAAUGAGUGUGGCAUUUGCUUUGGAUGCAGAAAAAGCAUUUGAUAGAUUGGAAUGGGAUUUUUUGUUUAAGCUAUUGGAAAAAUAUGAGCUAGGAAAAUGGAUUAAAACCUUAAAUACUAAUCCUCAAGCUAAAGUAGUUACAAAUGCUCAGAUUUCAACACCAUUUUGCUUAACAAGGUCAACUAGACAAGGCUGCCCGUUAUCACCUGCUUUAUUUGUAUUGGCAAAAGAACCAUUAGCUGAAUUAAUUAGAACAGAUUCAGAUAUUGGCGGUUUUAGAGUUAAUCAAGAAGAAUAUAAGAUUAAUUUAUUUGCUGAUGAUGUUUUGAUUCAUUUAACAAUCUUUGCAAAGAUUAUCUUUUAAAUUGGAAGAAUACGGGAAAGUAUCAGGGUAUAAAUUAAAUUGGGAUAAAAGUGAAAUUUUACCCCUUACCAAAGGAAAUUAUAAUCAAUGUCGAUUAGUAACUCAAUUUCGAUGGUCAAUAAAUGGGAUAAAAUAUUUAGGUAUCAGAGUUGACAAUGAUGUCAAAAAUUUAUAUAAACAAAAUUAUUUGCCAUUAUUAAAAAAAAAUGAAAGAGGAUCUUGAUAAUUGGAUGAUGUUACCAAUAACAUUAAUAGGUAGAGUUAAUGCUGUAAAAAUGAAUAUAUUCCAUAGAUUGCAAUAUUUAUUCUAAACUUUACCAAUACAAUUACCGCAGAAGUUUUUUCAAGAACUAAAUAAAUAUGUAAGGAAAUUUCUUUGGAAAGGAAAGAUGUCAAGAAUAUCAUUGGAAAAAUUGAGAUGUAAAUUUGAUUUAGGAGGGUUACAACUUCCAAAUUUUAAGAAUUAUGAUAAAGCAAAUCAACUUAGAUUUAUUGCAUCUUUUUUUGAUGAAAAAAAACCCGGCAUGGAUUAGAAUAAAAUUAGAUAAGAUAGGAGAAAACAUACCAGAAGAUUUUACAUAUAAAUGGGAAUCCAAAUUGAUACGGGAAAAAAAAGAAUCUCCAAUAUUAGGACACUUGAUUGAUUUAUGGAAUAAGGUAAAUAUGGACGAUAAGAUAAAGAAAUCUUUAUUAGCAAAAACAAACUUUAAUUCAAAAUAGGCUUAUUGCUUUUACAAUGGAUAAUAAACUUUUACAUAAUUGGUUCCAAAAGGGGAUUAAAUACAUACGUAAUUGUUUUGAAGGAGGUAUAUUGAUGUUGUUUGAUCAAUGAAAAAAUAAAUAUAAAAUAUCAAACAACACUCUUUUCUCUUAUUUUCAAUUAAUGGACAAUUUACGAGAAAAGCUGGGUCAAACAAU